GGUAAUGUACCAACACGUUUCUUGUCAGCGGCCAUUAGAAAAAGAAGAAGAAAAGAAUAACAUCGCCAUGGUUUAAUGCAGGGGUUUAAUGUCCGUAGAAAAUACAUUUACACUAGUAGACUAAAACACAAAUUUAGUCUGGUGUAAAGCGGUCUAAUUCGUGAAGAUUUUCCUGUGGCGUACACCAUGUUGUGUUUUGCUACUUCCUCGUGCAAUGUUAUGCUAACUUGCUAAUCGAUAAGCGUCGUCUCUCACGCACUUGCGGCCUUAAAACAUAAUUUAUUUGUGAUCAUUUAACCAGGUAUUUGGUAAAGUGUGGCUGUGUUGGCACCGUUGUUGAAAACCAUUGGGGAACUUAGGUGCAACCUCACCAACAUUGCUUGUCGGUCCAACGCACUGUACUGAUCCAUCGUAUUGAUAUCGCAACAAAAUGGCAUUCAGACAAAGAUGGCAGUCGAUACGUAUGCGUUAUGAACACCAAUACGCACCAGCGGAUACAAGAGAGGUGACAGUACGUAGAGUGGUCAACAUUUUCGAAAGGAGCGCUCCAGGCCCCCCUGCAGCGGGGGACUAUGACAGACAAUUUCAAGAAGACACAUGGUUUGAUGACGGCCCGGGCUUCCCCCCUGAAAAUUGUCCCAGGGACAUGAAUUAUCCAUCAGACCGAUAUUACGAUGGCAACCCCGAUUAUGGCAAUUUCCACAGACACUCCCCACCUCACCACCAAGAGCCACACCAUCAACGUCCACAUUACGACGGAGAUGAUUUGAGGCAUCAAAUACGCGGAAGAAAAAAUGGCCGACCGGGUCCAUAUUUCAAUAACAGGGGUCGAGGCAACUCUCACAAGUACUCGCAGAACGCUAAAGGAGACUGGGAUCGCUCAUCGGGAAAGAAGAAAAACCAACCACCGCCGAAAAAGAACGUUUCUCCUGAGGCGGAAAAAGGCGCUGCAAACGCUCCAAAAGCGAAGCCUGCCGCGAUAUCGACCCCACCCCCAAGUGUCCCCGCGGAGGAGCCUCCCCAAACGUCUUCAUCGAUAAAGGAAAAAACUUGUGACGCCGAACCGGAGAAGGAGGAGGAGGUGGCUCCUUCCAGCGUGGAGCCUGAGAAGACGCAAAACGAAGAAUUAAAGGCGCGGCGCUCGGAAGCCAUCAAAGCCAAAGCAUUGGAAAUCGAAAAGCACCAUAGGCAGGAUUGCGAGACAUUCGGCACAGUGGUGAAGAUGUUGGUGUCCAAGGAGCCCACUUUGGAGAAUCUUAUUCACAGUGCUCUGAAUGCAAACUUGUCUGAAAUGAGACAACACUGCUUAGCUGCCCUCAGGCACUACGUGAAAGAACUCGAUGAGGCGCUGGAGUCAGACAAUACAACUUAAUGUGGACAUUGGAUUAUUAUUAUUUUUUUCUUCACCCUUCAACAAGUCUCGUUCCAUUAAAACAAUGCGAAUGGAACGAGACUUAUUUUUUUUGCUGGUUCAUGCUAUUGUUCAUCAAAUCUUUGUUUUUAAUAACGUUGGUAUAUAUAUAUAUAUAUAUAUAUAUAAAACCGCUGCACUUUUCCAACUGACAAAUGUAUUUCACAAUCCAUUCCAAAUAUCAAACUGUUAGUUGAGCAGUAGUGAAAACGGAUUCUCAAAACCAAAGUAUUUUACUGUGUUUUAUCUUGACACUAACAUUUAUGAUCCUGUGAUAAGAUAAUGUAGGAAAGUUUUCUGAUUGAAAAUAUGCAGAAGUAUUGUAAUGAGAAAAAAGCUGACAUAUAUUCAGGUUUCAUCGAGUGCCUCUGCGGUGAUAGACUUUUUUCAUGUUGCUGCAUCAUACCGUAUAAUGAUGAACCUUUCAUGUAAUACAUUAAACUCAACAAAUUAUGUAUGCGGUUGGCGGUUAUGCUCUAUAUAGCCCGAUUAAUGUUUGUGUAUCAUAUUCCAAGCAAAGACUUGAACAGUAUUGUGGGACCAGUUGAAACUCACUUGAAUAAUCUAUUAAAACGUAUUAAAAGUCCUCAAUAUGUAUUUCAUUUUUUGAGUUUAA